UGUGACACGUUCAUUCGUUCCCACAUAACACAACAAUAACAACCUUGUCACUUUCCUUUUCUUUACUUCUUCUUCCUCUUACAUGUGUGUGUUGUUGUUCUUUCUUAAUUCUCAUCAAUCACAAUAUGAACAAUUCAGUACUUCACAAUCACAACACUCCAACUUACUCUUCCUCUUCUUCUUAUCGAAAUCAUAGUCAAAGAGAUGUCCGCUACAGCUGUGGUUCUUGCGGCUAUGAUCUUAACCUAUCCUCAUCCAACAGAAACACAUCAUCAAUAGAUUCAACAUACGGAAAAUCCAUAAAACGAGGCAUCAUCUCAUUCUUCAACAUUGAUGAUUCCAGGUUUACACAGGUUGAUGAAAUUGAAUGUGCGCCUCAUUUUUCUAAGCACUUGUGGGGUUUGUUUCGUCGAAAAACUAAGCUUCGGUGUAGAAAGUGUUGCAAUCAUAUUGGUUAUGCUUACAAUGGUUACACAUCAUCACCAUCUUUUAUUCUAGUAUCAUCAAAUGGAACAGAACCAUCUUCUUCCAAUGAAACACCAAGUCAAGUGAAGUACAAAAUUCGUAUCCGUGCCUUGCAGCCUUCGUCUUCAUUAGAAUAUGGAAACGGAAUCUCUGUCUUAGCUUGAAAAAUUGCAUACAUAACAUAAGUGUAAUAGAUAUUGCAUAUUUGUAUUGUCCCUUUGUAUGUGCAUAAUAUUGAUCACCAGAGACUAAGGAGGUUGGGAGUUUCUUAUUAAUCAAUAUACAUACAUAUGAACCUUUGUUUAAGUUAGGAUUUUGGUUUUCAUCCUUCCCUUGUCUGUCUCAAUUAGUAUUUUUUCUUUGUUGGUUUUGAAAUGUAUGUACCAAAUGUUUUGUAUCAGCUUGUGUGACCGCAAAGUUGCACUCGAGUCAAAAUAUCAUUAGCACACUUUGCUUGAUUCAGUAUCAUUCCCAUUGAGGUGUCUUGAAAUUCCAUGCCAAAGACAUUAUGCAUAAACCAUUUGGAAUUAACCAUUUGGUCAAAAUUCUUUAAUGGUUAUUCAUUUGUUUCAAGUCCAUGGUGUUUGUUUCAAGCCAACAAGGCCUUAUGCAAUUUGUAUGCUCUAUCUUCUUUCCCCUUUACCAUAUGUGAGAAGAAUUCAUCAUAAUUAACUCCAUGUUUUUGCAAUAAACCCUUUGCAACCAAUCUUGUCUUGUGCAUGAAUACAUUUCUCUCAGAAUUCAUGUGGUAAUAACUUCUUCCUUAUCAUGCUUAUGGCCAUGUUGAGCACGUUUCUAUUCCUCCCCUCUACAAGGUCAUUCUGUUUAGGGGUGUAUGUAGUUGUAACUUCAUGUAUGAUACUCUAGCUUGCACAAAAGAUUCAGAAUUCUUUGAGGUGUGCUUACCCCCUCUGUCAGUUCUCAAGAUCUUCACUAUCUUCACACUGCAUUUCUACCAACACUUUGAAUAUUUUGUAGACAUUUAAGGCUUCAAUCUUAACCUUGAUAAUAAAAUAGCCAUAACAUCCUGAAGAACUCAUCCACAAAAGUGAUGAAAUAUAUUUUACCAUUAUAUUUCAAUACUUCUAGUGGUACACAAAUUACUUGAUCAACUUUUUGUUCAUGUGUUGUUGUUGCAAAGCACUUCAAAUCUCCAUUCUGAAUACAUGUCUUGAAAUUCUUGUUUCUUGACCAUGGUUUUAAAUUGCGGUUGCGAUCGCGGAAGCGGUUGCGGGU